AUGCCUCCUGUAACGAGAAGCGGUGAGGGCCAGAGAGGGCACAUCCCCUGUCGAGGAUCCCUUAGGCCUAGAGGCUGUUCACACAGUCCGAUUCUGGAGGAUCAGGAGCAGCCAGUAGGGAUGUCUGAUGCUGUUCAGAGGCGAGUACCCAGGCAAGGUCAAGAGAUAUUUUACCGCUAUGAGGCUACCGGGGACCCAACAAGCAAAGACGGAACUUCCGACACUCGGUUUUCAUGGGAUAUCGAGAAGGGUAACUGGAUUCCAAAAUCAGAGUGGUUGGAGAAGAUGAUAGGACCCACUGAGAGAGUAAGGAUGGCCGCGGAGAGUAGCGAGGCAGAUCCAAUCGACCCGGUCAGUGUGGAAGCAGAUAUGGAAACCGAUGUCCCCGCAGUGGAGGAGAGUGCAAAAGAUAUUGCCAGCGACAAUAUCAACAAAAUGGAAUCUGAGAAGAGCAAGGAAAACGUGGUGGAUGAUGCAGAGACAGAAGAAGAUAUACAAGGCGAAGUAGAGGAUUGUCCGUCGAAAAUCAUAAAGCUUAAGUCGGGCCCCAUGGGCGUAGACGGGAAGAAGCGGAAGAGAGCUCAUAGCCCACCACCUAGCCCACAAACACACAGCGGAUUGAAAAAUAUUAAGAGGCUUCUGGCAUUAACUGCCGUGGGAUUAGGUCAGAUUCAGGCUUCAGGGGAGAAAGUUGCUCCUGAAUUGGACAAGGAUAUAACUGGGCCACCGCCAAAGAAGUUUAAACCAAUGAGAGGGACAGCCCUGGCAAGAGAAGAAUUGGGUAUGAAUACCAAGCCAAAACCGGUGGUUAAAAAAACAAAGUUUCCAGGAAAAAGAGCUACGAAAAAGGCCCAGCCAAAAGUUUCCCAAGUGGUAUUGGAUGGCGAAGAUGCUGUUCUCGACAUUGAUGCUACUCCCAAGCCGGAAGAAAGGCAGAAAAAGCCAGAGGCAAGUAGAAAAAACGGCAAAGAAAGCUGCCUACAAAAAGGAGUAAGAACAUCACCCAGCCAGCGGUGGCUCCAGCAGUAUCGGUCAAUGAAGGAGUUAUUCUGGGGGAUCAAUCCGGAAAAUGCUCCAGUGCCACGGGAAGGUGUAGAGCCUGUGUUUCGUGCGUAUAUAGUUCCUAAGCCGAAAGAACCGCAGAAAAAAGCCGCCUGUAAAAUGAGUGAACAAGAGCAAGAAAGAAGCCACAGCAAGAAGUUCCCCAACCGGCAAACGGAUGAAGAUGGGGGCUGUUCAGAGCCUAUUAUAGCUCCUAAGCCUGAAAGACAACCGAAGAAGCCACCGGUUGAGAGAAGAAGACCAAGAAAAAUCGCGGCCGCCACCGCAGCGGCAGGCGGUAUGACCGUUCAAGAGGACAACGCUACAAGUGAGAUUGUGGUUCCUGAAGUGACAGUGACUGGACACCAGCAAGAAACUCGGGAGACAACUGUAAUGAAAGAGGCCGCCGGGGAACAGGUCGUGUCGUGUCGGGUAAGGAAAGAAAACUGGACGAGCCAGCUAUCCCGCAGCAGGAAGAGACGAACGGAGCUGAAACAGGUGGCCGGCAAAAGAGGGUCUGUCGAGCGCCUAAACAGCAGAUGA